AUGGACGCCCCCGCAUCGAGCGCCGACGCGCCGCUUAUCCCAGCGCAACUCUCGCCUGCUGCGCCUCCAGUGGGGGGGAGGGGUGCAGAGGCGGGCGCGGGCAAAGGCGGCGGCAGUCUGGCUGCUAGCGGCGAGGCCUAUGUGCCGGCCAAGGCCGACAACCCCGCGCGCAAGGUCGACGAGCUCGAGGCCAGGCUUCGAUCUGCCUGCAGCAGCAAGAUGCGGUCCACGGUGACUCGCCAAGGACGGCGAUGCUCGUUUUCCUACGACGAUGCAGUCUUGCAAUGGAUCAAGCAAUUGCGUCAAGGUAACAUUCCGCUCAAGACGAGCCACGUGGUCAUAUAUGUCAAAGAAGACGACGCUAGCUGGGAUACUCCGAACCGGACAGUAAUGGCUUCCGUGGACCUGGAGCACGAGCAACAGGCUUUUGCUAGCACGACUGGGGCGGCGAUAUCGCGUGCUCGCGCGCGCGCGUGUAUUUGGAACGCCGACGAGACGGCUGUCUACUACGAUGAAGAGCCCAGCACCGUCAUUGCUGAGUCUGGGAGCAAGAAGGCUGCUCGGGUGCUAGGAAGGAAACGCUCGCAACGCGCAAGUGUGCUGCUCGCAAGUGUCCGCUACGGGGAAGAAGCUGAGACCGCACGUAAUCUUUAA